CAAACACCUCGUUAGUGAAUUGAGCAAAACCCCGUUGGUCCCUUGCCAGUUAGUUUGUGUUAUUGAGACCCAACCACUGUAUUGGAAAGACCAAUCAGCCAAAGACUCACCACUGUCUCAGCCUCAAUCUCUCUUUCCGCCAUUUCUACGGCAAGCGCAGUGCUUUUUAACGGGGGGAAAAUGGAGCAGAUUAUUUAGCUAGAGAACAUAAUCAUCUGUGGAAUUCUACAACAAAUCGUUUCUGGAUCUCGAGUUUUCACCAUAUCCCCUCAUUGUUUGCAUUUUGCGCUCCCUACUCUUCUCUGACAAACCAUCCAUGACUGCAAUUGUAACAGUACCAAUUGCUACAAGAUCCUUACUCUCCUACCGUCAUUGUUUCUCUCUCCUUCCAUUGUCCCCCACUAAUGCCAUCUCAAAUACUGCCAACUAUUUCUCAUUCUCUCUUCUCAAACACCGUCCAUUUCAAACCCUAGCCUCUCAAGCCCCUGAAUUCAGCACCACCACCACCACCAGUUACCAGCAACGCAGCCGAAAUGUGGUCGAAAUCCUUGAGGAAAGAGGCCUCAUUGAAUCAAUUACCAGCGAUAAUCUCCGCUCAGCUUCUUCCUUGGACAAUAAUCAUCCACCACUGAAGGUCUACUGUGGCUUUGAUCCUACAGCAGAGAGCCUCCAUCUGGGAAAUUUAAUUGGCAUAAUUGUCCUCUCUUGGUUCCAGAGAUGCGGCCACAAACCAGUUGCUGUACUCGGUGGCGCCACUGGCCGUGUUGGAGACCCAUCAGGGAAGUCUUCAGAAAGGCCGGAGCUGGACGAUGUAACCUUAGAAAAGAACAUUAGAGGUAUAAAAUCUAUCUUGAAUAAGAUUCUCAGUAGAUCUGGUGAGGAUAAUUUUUUGAUUUUGAAUAAUUAUGAUUGGUGGAAGGAUGUUAGUUUCCUUGAUUUUCUGAAAAAUGUGGGGAGGUAUGCUAGGGUUGGUACUAUGAUGUCAAAAGAGAGUGUUAAAAAGAGACUAGAAUCGGAGCAAGGGAUGAGCUUUACUGAAUUUAGUUACCAGUUAUUGCAGGGGUAUGAUUUUCUUCACCUUUACAAGAAUGAGGGGAUUUCUGUCCAAAUUGGUGGUAGUGAUCAAUGGGGGAAUAUAACUGCAGGGACCGAGUUAAUUAGGAAGAUUAUGGCUUUAGAAGGAGCAUAUGGGCUUACAUUUCCUCUUCUUUUAAAGAGUGAUGGCACAAAAUUUGGGAAAUCGGAGGAUGGGGCGAUUUGGUUAUCCCCUGCCUUGCUAUCGCCUUACAAGUUUUACCAGUAUUUCUUCACAGUUCCAGAUUCUGAUGUGGUGAGGUUUUUGAGGAUAUUGACUUUCCUUGAUAUAGAGGAGAUAGAAGAGAUUGAGAGAGAGAUGAAGAAACCUGGAUAUAAGCCGAACUCAGCUCAGAUAAGGCUUGCGGAAGAGCUAACACGUUUCGUUCAUGGAGAAGAAGGGUUGAAAGAGGCUAUUAAGGCAACCGAGGCAUUAAGGCCAGGUGCUGAGACGAAACUGGAUUGGAAAACAAUCGAGGGGAUUGCUGAAGAUGUGCCUUCAUGUUCUUUAGCUUAUGAUGAUGUCUUAAACCUUUCCAUUGUUGAUCUCUCAGUUUUAUCUGGCUUGCUUGAGAGUAGGUCUGCUGUCCGUCGUAUGCUGAAGCAAGGGGGGCUUUAUCUGAAUAACACACGAAUUGAUAAUGAGAGCAAGAGGAUUGAGGUUGAUGAUAUUGUGGAUGGGAAGGUUCUAUUGUUGUCUGCUGGGAAGAAAAACAAGAUGGUUGUGAGGGUCUCUUGAUUGCUUGGGUUUCUUAUUUCUGUGCUACAGCUACUUCAAGCAUCUGCAUCUUUGCUAUACUACCAGCAGGCAAACGCAAGACUGAAAUCGACAGCAUAUGUUGAUCAAGUUCUCCUGAUAGUACAGGAACUGCGCUCGAGAGACGAGUAGCAGGCAAUAGACAAUUGGCAAGGAGAACGUUACGAGUUGACAGAAUGUAGCUCUCCCAGCAGUAAUUUGGUGGUGGAAUAUGGUCGACGAGCUCUAAA